AUGAAUAUAGCGGAAAAACCAACAGCGUUCUUCGUGUGCAAGUUUUUGUUCUUUUACUACAUUUAUAGGAAGCCGUCCCUUCCGUUUGACUCACUGGUGUGCAAAAUAAACAAUAGGAAGAUUCCCCACGCGUGUGUCAUUCAAAUAUUAGGUCUAAGCUACUACGGGCAGAGCGUCUGCUUGUACGUGCACGACGUAAACGCAAAUCUCGAGGCUGAACUAUGCCAAUUUUUAGAAGAAGAAUAUGGCAAGGCAAAACAAGACAAGACGCAAAAUGUGUGCAUAUACAACAUCGAAAGGGUAAAAAAAAAAUGCAUUUAUGGUUACAAGGAAGAGGCAGAGGAUUUUUUAAAAAUAUACUUCCUAUACCCACACACAAUUAACUAUUUCGCCAGUUUACUCAAAAAGAAGUUAUUUAAAAAUCGAAUUUGGGAACUGUACGAGGUGCACAUCAGCUACAUGCUCCACUUUCUGUGCAGCAAAAAUAUUUAUGGCUGUUCAGAAAUUUAUGUUGAUAAGAAUGUUUUUUUUCGAAGAGAGUUUUUUAGCGAAAUAAAUUUUGAAUCUUUUACGAAAGAAGAAAAAUGGAAUGUGAAAAAUAAAUGCGACAUGGAAUGUAUACAGGGGAACAAAUAUUUAGAUGUUAAUGCUCCAAGGUUUUUUACAGACAAGACGAAGGAUGUUAAUUUUUCGAAUUUAAGAAGGGGAACCUCCUACGACAUCGAGUGUGACAUACGGCAUGAACAUAUUUUGAACCACCGGAUUUAUUCCUAUGAGUUUGAAAAGUAUCAGAAAAAAUGGAGGGACGAAUUGAACUUUGAUUUGCCUAUCAAUUAUUUGGACUCCUUUGCGAAACUGUGGGUGAAGGAGAAGAAGAGGUGCCAAAGGGUGAACCCCGAUUUGGUGAGGGACAUUUUCAAUUUUGACGACUUUGAAAAGGAGCUGAACUUUGCCUCGUUUGAUGUGCUGACCGACCGGACGAAGAAGCUCUUUGCGGACUUUUUGAGGUCGCUCGGGGGGGGCGGUGUUAGCGGCGAGGUGAAACCCGUUGACAAACAGGCUAAAUCUGUUGACGAGCAGGCUAAAUCUGUUGACGAGCAGGCUAAAUCUGUUGACGAGCAGGCUAAAUCCGUUGACAAGCAGGCUAAACCGGCUUACGGUCAAGCUAAACCGGCUUGCAGCCAGGCUAAACCUACUUUGGGCGACUUCAAGCUGCACAGAGGAACCCCCCCCAGUAAGGGAGCAACCAAAAUGGCGCAGGAAAAGAAGCAUGACGAGGGGAAGCGAAAACACAUAGCUUCAUUCGAAAUUAACAAUAAGAGGAAAGACGUCAUUAGGUAUGUUUACACGAAGAAGCCACCGAAGAUAAAGGAGUGCUACGCGAUUUUGAACAAUCUGAAUGGCACAGAAAGGAGGGGGAAAGACGAAGAGGGUGCAGUAACAAAUGAUGAGACAAACCCGAAGGGUGUAAGAAAAAAUUGCCAACAGGGAACAGUCGAGGAGGACCCCCUCCUCACCGCAUCAAACGGGAAGACGCACCAAAAGGAGGAAAAAAAAAAAAAAAUGAACAUCAAGUACGGAAAUGUAUUCUUCCUUGAAAUUCUCACAGAAGUGAAAAGCGAAAAUCAUGACUCGUCCAACUAUAGGGAGGACGAAAUAAAGGCCAUAUUUUACCUAGUCAGGGAUGAGAGACUUAUGAAUUACUACGAAGAUUACAGCAACUGUAUGGGCGUAAUAGCUAGCCAGCCCUUCCCUGAUAGUUUCCCGUACUUGUUCAGCCAGCAGGAAGAAACAAGACCGAAAGGGAAGCUCCUCCCAGGGGUUGAAAUGUGCAGCGAUGGUGCGUAUAUUCAUCGGGACCUGUUCGAGGCGCCACCUCGAGGGGACAACCCAGACGGGGAGAAAAAUGGUCAAAAGGAAGAGGUACAAAAAGAGGUACAAGAAGAGGUACAAAAAGAGGUGCAAAAAGAGGUACAAACAGAGGAGGAAAAAAAAGGGGGACUCCAUUUCGACGCAAACUACCACAGUGUGAACAUCCACAUUGCGCAAAAUGAAAGAGACCUCAUAAAAAAGCUAAUCGAUAAAAUUAAUUUUUACUCUCCCCUAAGUAUAAUUUCGUAUGAAAAUGAUAAGUACAAUGUUAGCUACAUAAAUCAGAGGUGCCUGGCAUUAGACAUGGGUAGCUUCUACACACACAUUAGCAAGCUAAAUGACCAGCGAGAAUUCACAGAACUGAAUAAUGCGUAUAAUAAAAAUAUAAAGGGUAGACUUAUUGAGAGCUUAUAUAAAUUGUCAAGCGUUUCGAACACGUCUUUUGAAAAUUUGUGUAAGCAUUAUUUGAAUGUGAUUGUGCCCUCCAUAAGUAGGCACACCUUGUACCGCUGGUACAGUUACGCGGCGGGGGAGGCACGAAGUGAUGAAAAAGGUGCACGCGAGAGGGGUCGUGGGGGAGAUGGUGCUAUCGGUGGAGAGCCCGCAUAUUACCCCUAUAGGCACCUAACCGUGCGGUACCUUCUGAAGAGAGUCAACCUGCUCCUACUCAUAUAUGACAAAAUUGGGUUCUUAAAAAGGAAGAUGAAUUUUUGCAAGUACCUUCACGUGGAUUUAUUGUCGCUAAUAAACAGAGGGUCACAGUUUAUCAUCGAGUCCUUUCUCGUGAAGCUGUGCAUGCGGAAUGGCUUCCUUUUGUAUUCGCCCUCAAACAAGGAGAUAAUGGAGCAACGGCCCAUUUUGCACAUCCCUUUGGUGCUGCAGCCGAAGAGCUCCAUCAACUUUUUCCCCCUGCUGGUCUUCGACUUCCAGUCCCUUUACCCCUCCAUUGUAAUUGCCUUCAACAUUUGUUACUCCACCUGCUUGGGCACGCUCUCCUUCAAGAGGCGGGAGGGGCGGCAGGAACCGCGUGAGCCGGUGGAGGCUUCCUUGGGGAGGAGCGAGCCCCCGCACUCCAGUGGAGGCAGCUCGUCCGGCGACUUGCUUGACGGCUUGGAUGUCCAGAGGGUGGGCGAGUCGACUGGCCCUUCGGAUAACUCAAAUGGGGCGUCUAACCAGUAUGGGGGUAACCCAGACGAUGGCUCAAUCGACGGGGGUGGCGAAUGCUCCCAAGAGGAGUCCCCCAAGUGUGAGUCUUUUUUUCCGAAGGAAUCAUGGAGUACCUCCAAUGGGGGGUCAAAACCAGGGGACGUCACUCCCCCGUCGAAUUGCCCCGAGUCAAGGCCCCCAAGUGACGAGAAAAUUUCCGCACAAGGAGAAGAGCUCCCCAAUUGUGAAUUCAUAAGACUAGGAGUGAGGAAGAACCCACCCAAUGUAAGUAGCCUAGUGAAAAGGUUAAGAAGAGAUGAUGUACUCAUAACAAGCAACAACACUGUGUAUGUAAAGAAGAAGAAGAGGAAAGGAAUUUGCACUCUUUUUCUAGAAGACAUGUUAAAGACAAGAAUAAUGCUGAAGAGGUGUAUUCAAAUUUAUGAUCAUAAAACGGGAAAAAGAUUAGUAGAAAGAAUGGGGAAAUUAAAAAUGAUAUUAAAUGUAGCCACAGGUUAUAUAGGAGCCAACUUUUCAGGGAGGAUGCCAUGUGUAGACAUAUCUGAGAGUAUCAUUUGCACCGGAAAGAAUUUCCUCCUCUACAUCAUUGAAUAUAUAAGGGCAAAUUAUCAGUAUGUUAAAGUUCUCUACGGAGAUACCGAUUCUUUAUUUUUGUUAAACGAAAUGAACGAUAUUAGUUACACCUUUAGGAUAGCUCAUGACAUUUUGAAAAACGUGAAUGGCAUUUUACCCUCUCCCAUGUAUUUAAAUUUUGAGAAAAUUUAUUGCCCCUCCCUUUUGAUGACGAAAAAGAGGUACUUUGGAUUUGCUUACAAAAAGGAGAGUGAUGAGAAACCUACUCUGGAGCUCAAGGGGGUGGAAAGCAUCAGAUCGGAUCAGUGCAAUUUGGUGAAGAAUGUACUUUUGCAAAUAUAUUUUAUGUUUUACUACUUCAGGAAUUGCUGCCACUUGUCCUCCUGCUGCUGCUGUUGCGCCAUGUGCAGGAACUUUUUCCCCAACUUUGUGUGCCCCUGUAGGGAGGUCAACGUGCACAGGACGUCGCCGUGCUUUUUGGCGGAGAUGGUGGAGGCGAUUCUGCGCGUGUACGGGAGCGGUGGGAACGGGGGGAAGGAAGCGAACGGGACGAAUGGUGAGGGGGAAGCGAAAGAGCCGAACCGGGAGAGGGAAGCCCAUACGGGGGAACCCCGAACGGAGGCGCACAAAGCGAAGCUGUACGAGCAGCUCGUAGGACUAAUAAGCAGCGAGGGGGAUAACUCCAUCCUGAAGCUCAUAAAUUACUUGUACAAAGCAAAGUUCGCCUUUCUGUGGCACAUUUUUACCCACUUCGACGUGUCUCUCUUCAAAAUGGAAAUAGAAAAAAUAAUCGAACAGGAUUAUGAAAAGAUUAUUAGCCAGACAAAUGACUGCUGCGUUAUGAACCCAAACAAUAUAACAAAAAUUUGUCUCUGCGUGAAAGAAAUAAAUGCGAAGAAGAAAUGCGAUAGGGAAAGAUGCUUCUGUAAUGUUAAGCAGGCUCUCCUGUUUUUCUCCCCCAAUGGAGUUGGCGAAAGUGGGACGGGCACUCUCUUUACCAUGAAGGUGUUUUACUCCCACCUGACGCUAAACAUAAAGAGAGUGCUGCGUGAUUUAUUUAACAGAAUUUAUGACCAUAAAAUUCCGUAUGAUAAUUUUAUUAUAUAUAAGAAAGUGAAGUUGGGGACUUACAAGGGGGAAUUGGAGGGGAACAAGAGGAAAGUGCCCCUGCCGCCUCAAGCAAUUGUGGCGAAGAAGCUUUUAAAAAUGAAUCCCCACUUGGUCAUCACGUACAAAGAGAAAAUCCCUUUUGUGGUAACGAAGAAGUUGAAGGAGGAUAAAAUUUACGACUCCGUUGCCCAUCCUUCCUGCAUCAGGGGCAUUUACAAUUGUGCCAGAGGGGUUCCCACAGUGGACAUGCAAACGGGGCAAGGGAUCCUCCAAGAGGGCGUAUCCCCCCUGAAGGGAAACCACCUCGUACGUAGCGAGACACCCCCAAAAAAUAAUAAAGCCAAACUGAAGGAAAUAAACUUUGACUACUAUAUUCAAAAUUUAGUUAUGCCCCCUUUGAAGAGGAUGCUGGAUUUGCUCCCCUACGGCUCGCCCAAUUUGGAGGAGAUUUUUUACACAACGAGGAGGAAGUACAGCUGGGGCAAAGCCAAGAUUGACCUGUUCGCGAGGAAUGCGGAGCAGCUUGAGAGGGGUCGCUUAAGGGGAGGCGCUCCGUCCGGGGGGUGGAAACGCGUCGAGGAAAGGGGGAGCCAUGGUGAGUCUACCCCCCAGCGUGACACGACAAGCUGUACAGCAAAAAUCGGCGACGCGGAAAACGCCAAGGCAAGGACACAAAUAAUUCAAAGCUUUGCGGACGUGAGCAGGUCACAGCAGAUGGUCAAGCGCUUGAACAGGAUUUGCGCCCAGUGUGCCAGCUCCGAAGCGGAGGCGUCGGCGUGCCAGUACGCCGUGCACUGCGAUGUGUUCUUUAAGAAAGUCAUUUUACAGGAGCGCAUUUCGCAGGGGGAGGAUGCGAUAAGGAGUUUGAUGGGGGGGUGAGUCAUCUUAAGUGGUGCGUCAUCCGCAGCGGUGCCGCUGCUAUCUUCAUGCGGAUUUUCUGCGUUACUCGUUUUUGCUCCGUUCGCGCGUCGAAGUGGCCUGCGUGGGUGAACGUUUUUUUACUUCCGAGCAUAUUGUAAUGGGGAGUGGCAUUUUUACGUCCCCAUUUGGUGUGGCCUCCCAUGUGUACGUACACGCGUGGGCAUCUUGCCCUACCGUGCCGUACCGUACCCUAUUUUUUGCUACGCUGCGGUGUGCCCCCGUCUGCCCUCGCGGAGGAACAAACGACAGGUGCGGCCGUCGGCGGGGGGCCAUUUCCGCACAGGGGUGACCGUC